AUUCAAAACACAGACCAAAUCCAAACACUGUUUUUGUGUGCAAGAGAGAACAGAAAACAAUGGCAUCUCAGCAAAUGCAUCGCAAAGACCCCAGCAAGAAGGUGAAAGAGAGAGAGGAUGACGUUGAGGCAGAUGGAAAGGAGUCAUUUGGUGAGAAAGAGAGAGAGUUGGUUUCUGAUAGAUCUAGUUCUGGGAAUAAAGAGGUUGAAAGAGAAAGUGGUGGUGGAAAGUUUGAAAGGAAAGGUGAAGAGAAUAAGGGUUUAGGAGAAAAAGAUAAACUCGAGGGAAGAACCAAAGUGGUGGAGGGAAAAGUGUGGAACGAAGAGGACAAACGAAGAAACAAUCCUUCAAGAGAAAAAGUAGAGGCAGAGAAAGCAAGACCAAGAGAGGAAGCUCAAAGAGAGAAAGAUGAAACCGAAGAGGGUGGUGGUGGAAGAGAAGAAAAUGAAGAGCUUAGUCUUGAAGACAUUUCCAAGUACAGAGCCGAAGCUCAACAAAAAUCAAUGAAUGCAGUUGAAGCUGCUAAGAAGAACUACGAAAGAAAGAGAGAAAUAGAAGGUUCCAAAGAGAGAAACAAGCAGGCAAAUGAAGAGGAAAAAGACUUGACAAAAGUGAAGGGUGAAGAAGGAAAUGUUGAAGGAGAUAAGGGAAGAGGGGUGUUGAAUGCCAUAGGUGAAACAAUAGCAGAAAUUGCAGAGACUACUAGAAUAAUGGUAUCAGGAGAGGGACAAAAGGAAAAACCAAAAUCACCUGCAUAUGAACAUGCAGACAUGAAACUUGAUUAGUGACUUUCAGUUGCAUGGAUAUGUUCAUAAUAAAGUUGGUUUAAGGAAGAAAAUCCAUCAACAAAGAAUCAUAUACUUUUUAUUAUUAAAUAAAGUUGGUUUAUACAUGAAUAUGUAUCAUGCAGUAAUUAUA